AGAGCCGCAGGAGGAGAGACUGCGGCACGAAUCUUACAGAGCAUGAGUCCUGACGAGACGGAGUCGGCCAUGGCUGCCGCCGGUGACACGCCGGAGACGGUAGAGGUGACGCUGCGCGCCGUCGGCCCGUCUCGCCCCACCACCCUCCGCCUCCCUCCGCUUCUCUCGGUUGCCGAUCUUCGCCGCCGCAUCGCCCAAGAUCGCCGUCUCGCAGCCCUAGAAGAAGGUCGCCUCCGCCUGGUCCUGCGAGGGACGACGCUCCCGCGCCAAGACGACGCCCGUGUCAACCUCCGCGAUGGGGAUAUUCUAAUAGUGGCUAUGCCACCGAAGCCACCUGCUAAUCAUCUCCGUGAUGAUGACGAUGAGGAGGAGGAGGAAGAAGAAGAACUGAAGUUCAAAAUACCACAAACAACAACCUGGUGGAAGAGGAAAAUUUUUAUUUUUCUUCAGGACAAAUUGAGAUUACCUGAUAUCAUUUUGAUGGCGCUAUUUUCUCUCAGUAUGAAAGCAUGGGUUAUCAUUGCAAUGUGGUUCCUACUGGCACCCAUUGCUCAAAAGUAUGACGUUGGACCUCUAUAUAUACUUGGUACGGGCUUCUUGAUCAUAUUUCUCAAUCUCGGAAGGAGACAACAAGGUGAUGUAAGUGCAUACUCCAUAUUUAACGAAGACUUCAGGGAGCUGCCAGGAACACUUAAUGCAGAUCGCAUAGACAGAGACAUCAGGGCAGGCCAAUUUUGAGCCCUUAUGUAGGUUCCCGGGACCAUGGUAUGCUGAGAUUUGUAUAGAAGCGUAGUGGGCAUUGUCUUUCACUGAGUCUGGAAAACUCAUUCAAGAUAGUGCCCUUACAGGACCCAAUGUAUUUCACUCCUGUUAGUGUUACAUGUGGACGACGGGGAAUUACCUGUGCUCUUCGCAGAUAUUUGAAUGUUCUUGCAGGUGUUAUGAAGCCUUCCACACUGUACUGUUAUAUUGCUGUUGAAACUAGAAUAGAGAACAACUGCUUUGGCCACACUAGGCGGAUAAUUGUGAUAUUUGAAUAAUUAAUAGCAAUAAUUUAGCA